AUGUCAAAACCCUUGUGCUUCCUCUUUGCACUGUCCAUCAUCCUCGUGACAUGUCAUGCUAAUACAACAACAACAACAUGUGCUCCUUCUUAUUGUGGCAACCUCUCCAUUCUCUACCCUUUUUGGAACAAGUCCAACACCUCCACCAAUGGGGAAUUUUGCGGUUAUCCUGAUUUUGGCCUUGGAUGCCAUGAAGGCCAUGCCAUCAUGAGUUUCCCUAGUGACCAAUACUAUGUCACAGAUAUAAACUAUGGUCUUAAUUCAAUUACACUUGUUGACAUAGAUGUGUUGGACCAACAAUGUCCUAGGGCACGCCACAACGUUUCCAUACAAAACCUUCCUUUGUCUUUCAGCUCGUUGGAUUUGCAUCUCAGUUUCUAUUUCAACUGCAGUUUUCACCCUUCAUCUGUUCAGCCUAUAGAGUGCAUGACAAGUGGUAGGAAUCAGUCUUAUGUGUUUGUGUUGGGGGAUGAAGGUGAUCAUGACCAUGGUGGUGAGUUGCUUAGGCAGUGUGAGGAGCAUGUUGUGGUGACGAUACUGAAUGAUGAGAUUGAAAGUGGUGAUUUGAUUAGUGGUUUUGGUGAUGCUAUGAAGAAAGGGUUUGUGCUUAAUUGGAAUAGGGCUGCGGAUUGUGCUGUGUGUGAGGAGUCUGGUGGGAAUUGCAGAUUCAACAUAACUACUAUGCAAUCAAGGUGCAUAUGCAGGGAUGGUAGAACUGUUGCCAGAACUUGCAAAAAAGAUAGAUAUCAGGUUAACUUUACAGCUUGA